AUGCCUUCACUAAAACAAAAAAAAAAAAUGCAUCAGCAUGGUGUAACUCCACCAAGCAAGCACCUUCUUGUCAAGUCAUCAUAUUCUUCCGCCGAAUACAGGAAAAAAAUGUUUGGUGGUUUAAAAAGCUUUUUAAAAGAAACCUCUGAAUCAAUAACAGGGAUUCAUCAUGAUUCCACAGAAAACUAUGGAUUUCGGGUCCUGAAGAUCCAAGAGAACUCCAAAACUGCUAAUGCAGGAAUUGAGUCUUACUAUGACUUUAUUACAGCUAUAAAUGGGAUAAUGCUGAAUGGUGAUCCACUAAUGUUUCGUUCUUUAUUGCGGGAUUCAUCUCCUGAAAUAACCCUUGAGGUCUUCUCAUUAAAAGGACAAAUAGCUAGAAAGGUUAAAAUUGAUGUUUCAAAUACGGAGGAAGAUAAACUAGGAAUGACACUUCAAUGGGCAUCAAUCCAUUCCGCAAUUGAUGCUGUGUGGCACAUUCUUAAUGUAAUUGAAAAUUCCCCUAUUGAUCUUGCUAAAGUCAUUCCUUACCAGGAUUAUAUCGUAGGCACUCCUGAAGGAAUGAUGACUGGUGAAAAAGCGUUGGCUGACUUAAUUGAAACACAUCUUAAUCGGCCGUUACGUCUUUAUAUUUACAAUCAAUAUCAAGACAGCACGCGCCAAAUUACAAUUGUUCCGAAAAGAAAUUGGGGCGGUGAUGGUGCCAUUGGCUGUGGUGUUGGGCAUGGUGCUUUACAUCGUUUGCCAGCUUCUCUUUCAGGACCUCCUCCUCAGCCGGGCAAUGUAGCCUUUUCGAAUCCUUUACUACCACCCACGGAUUAUUCUGAGACCAUAACGAACAAUGAGAAAACAUCAAAUCCCCCCAUCCCGCAAAAUGUUUCUUCUCCAACAGCUAACUUAGAAGGAGAGAUGCCUAUUCCUCAUUAUCAGAGACAUAAAAAGCACAACCGCAAUGCUAUUCAGGAUUCUACAAUCCAAAACUAUCUUGAAGAAGAAGAAUUGCUCAGUAAACAAUUAGAUCACAAGGCUCACAAUCCUGUGAUGGAUGCUAAUGCAUCCAAUUCAGUUCCCCCUCCACCUGUUGCUGCAAACCCAAGCGAGAACGAACAAACUUAA